GCCACCCAAUAACUUGCUAAUAUUCAGUUUAUUUACGAAUUUUCAAUUAUUUAUUUUUCUACCGACCUAUCGAUAUAUUCCUUUCCUCUUCGAGAGACUUUCAGCGAUAUCGAGUUGGACCUAACAAAGGAAGCUGUAAUAUUCUAAGACAAUUCAAUUAUGUGUGUCAUUGCUGUUUGAAAACAUCCGUCGGAGAAGGGUCUUAUACCGAACUUUCUAACAUCCUGAGUUGCGGAUCAUUCAACGAUAUCGUUAGUGCAGGACCACUUCGGAUCUUUGUUUUCCGAUUACCACAAGUUCAUUUGAUGAAGAUCAAUGUCUGUCCCAUGCAAUGAUCUCUUUCUUUUGGAGUGGAAUGACCACUCUAGAACUUUCCUUCAAACUCUACAAGAUCUACAAAUUGCUCCUCAUCUGACGGAUGCACAUCUAGCAUGUAAAGGCAAACUGCUUCCAGUACAUAAAUUUGUUCUCUCAACUUGUAGUGAAUACUUCAAAGACAUUUUCAGUAGCAUAAGUGUGGGUGCUGUGGUAGUAGCAAUACAAGAUGUUGAGGUUGAUAUUCUUGAGUCUCUCCUUACAUUUAUGUAUGUUGGAAGAGUGAGUGUCAAACAAGAGAAACUUGCACCUCUGAUUCGUGCUGCUGAGUGUCUCAGAGUUAAGGGCCUUGCUGGCCGAGAAGAAGCAUUAGAAUCUCACAUCCAUGGGGUGAAGCGAAAGUGUGUGGAUGAUCAUCAACUUUUAAGACCAACCCCAAAAAAGCGGGAAAAGAAAAGACGUCGAUCAAUGAAUGAUCACUUGCCAGAUGAUGAUAAUCAAGUGAAGAAACAUUCUAAGAUGGUUGACUCUACAUCUCCAGGAGCAGUUGUUGAUUUUUUGGAUGUAAGGAAAUUUCAAUCCAGAAAAUUCCCACAUGAAUUUGAUAAUCCUCUUCACAAUGUGCUGGAUAUCAUUGGGCAUCAUCAGGAAAAUGCUAAUGGUAGUUCAAGCAAAGGAUUGGCUCAUAAGUCACUUCCUUUGCACAUUGUGAAACAAGAAGAUGAUGAAGAGAAUCUUACCUUUGUUGAUGAAACAGAUUUUGAAAGCAACACAUUUCUUGCUGGAUUAAUUCAAGACAAGCAUCAUGGAAAAUCGCUUGUUUACAAUAAGGAGGCACUAGGUCAAGGGUAUCCUGGGCCUGAAUUUUUACGAAGCAAUUCUCCUGCCGUGGCACUAAAUCUCAGCAAGACUGAUGCUGCUCAUCACGAGCCCAGCCUCAAGGAUGCUUCCCAUCUUAGGCAUGCAGACUCCCCAACAGGCUUUCAAAAACCUUUUGUACCCACUGUGAAUGAGAGCCAUUUGUUGGGGACUGAAGUCAUUGAUGCUCCAAGCAACAUCAUCUCAGAAGCAAUAAGUCCUGAUAGCAAGACAUGCAUCAAUGGGAAAGUGAAUUCAGAGGCCCUUCAUGAUCCUUUCCAAAGUAUCGGACAUCAAGACAGCAUUUCCGGAGACCAGAAUUCGAUUUCUGGCAAUGACUAUCCCAUAGAACCUCCUGGCAAGCCUGUUCAAAGUAAACUGUGUUCGAAUAAUACUAGUGGAUCUGAAAUAUUGGAGCCUGAAAUAUUGGAGCCUGAAAUAUUUCAUCCGAACAUUGUGGAAAAAGAAAAGUCAUUGAGCUCUGCCACUGCUCUGCACGAUGGCCAGGACCCUGAGGCAAACAUCUCAUGUGCCGCCCCCUCUCAACCUGUCGACGCUCCUUUUGGUGGCAGUAAGAGCAAAGUUUCUUUGACUGCAAGUGCUGGCGACGUUGGUACUGGUGACGCUACUGCCAGAAAUGACGCUGUACCCGUUGCAUCUGAUACUUCUACAGCCACCACUACAACGGUUGGUUAUUCUGCGGUUGGCAAUAUUGUGGCUACUCCGAGGAGUGUAUCUCGAGUCGGUGCUCCAAACUCAGCAGUUGUUGCUCGAAAAAAUGAUCCAGAUCCAGUUCUGCCCGUUAUUGUUAAAAGUGAAUCAUGCGUGCCGCUAUAUGGGGCAAGUGUAGCUCGCGCUAAAAACAGUGUGGCAAAUGCUCCUCGACAACGUGCUUCUAGUGCUGGUGCUUGUCCUCAACAAAGUACAUCAAGUGUCAGGUGCAUAAGUUCAGACGAAGCUGAAAUGUAUGACGACCAUCGACAUAUUGAUGUGACAAGCGGUGACGUUUCCAACAGUACAUCAAUGAGCGAAGAUGGCGGUAUUGCAAGAAUUCAGGACGAUGGCGAUGAAGGAUGGCACCAAGACCUCCAAAGAGAUGAAUUAAACUUGAACGAGAAUAACCACAGUCUUGAAAUGUUCCCUUGUAAAGUUGAUGGAAUCAACUGUAUCUGCAUUGACCGCCUAACAGACGAGCAGGUUAACCAACGCUUCUCAAACGAGUCGUCGCCUGCAGUGGGCUCAAACCUGUUGUAUGUGAGCUCUCGCCAGUGUCCCGUCUGCUCUUACCACACCAAAACCCCAGCCAAGUUCUCACGACACGCCUGGCAACACAAGCGGCUACGCACGUUGUGCUGUACGCUGUGCAACUACCGAACCGUCCUGCGCCCCAGCUUUGUGGUGCAUCUGCGUCAGCACACAGGCGAGAAGCCUUUUAAGUGCUCCUAUUGCGAGUACUCGGCGUCACAGAAAGGAAAUCUCUUUGUCCAUAUGAAAAAACAUCAGAUGUCCUCAUAAGAGUUCUCUCUGCGCGCGGAUAAGGCCACAACUGGGCACCGCAAUAGCCUCUAUCUCGUUGUUGACGUGCGUAUGGUGAUUUACUUUACAGUGACUUGUUGUAAAGCAGAAAAUUAAAUAUUCCUCAAAACAAUUUUUUUAGUGUCAGUUGCUUUUGAUGGUAAUAAUUUUUCUACAUCAAAGCAAUCAAUUCGACAUUUUGUUACAAAACUGUUAGCAAUCGAACAUUGCUCACCUGACGGGUAGAAUCAUCCUCGCUAACAUAUUUUUUUUCCUUUGAUGAAUUGAUGAAUCAGUCCAACAGUGCUGUCAGAUCAUGAGAUGGAAACAGUGCUGGGUAAUUUUUUAAAGCUAAUUUACUUUUCUUCAUACGUAAUAUUAUUUGUAUUACUGAACAAAAUAUGCUGAAAAUAUUCGGCUCUGACUCUUAAAACACAGUCUGGUGUUAAAAUGUGUCAAAUAAUUAAUUUCGUUGCUGCUUCUUUGAUCACAUUUAAUAUCAAAUUAUUUCACUUCUUUGUCCCGUUUGUGUGAUUUUCGUUGCACAAAAUUUGACAAACCUUUGUCAGAUUUACAAGGUAAUAAAGGUUUGUGUUUUUCAUAUUCAAAUCCAGGAUCCUAAACAAUAAAUGAUUGGAAUGUUGAUAGCAAAGCCUUUGGAUUCUUCCUUUUUUCUAUUUAGUUUUAAGUACACUUCCUGCUCUUUUUUUGUUGUUGCCGCAAUCUGUUCAAUAAUACCAUCGCAAGCUGCCAAAAGCCAUGAACUGCUUAGCACUUGGUCAUAUUAGCUUACAUGAUGGCCCAUUUUCUAAUAUGUGAUAUAGGGUUAUUUACUUAUAACAUAUUGUUGUUACUGCUGUUACGUUCACUUCGUCAUAUUAGUCAUCUAAUAUCUUAAUUUGAUGGUUUUCAUUUUUUAUUCUAAUAAGCAGUAAGUAAAUCAGAAUUAUUUUCUAUUGUGAUUUGAUUAGUCAUUAUUAAUUAAUGAUAUUCCAGUUUGACUACGAUGUACGAAACCAAUUCGUUGAACGAGAAUUCUAUUCCAUGUUGAAGCAUUGUAUGAUUAUUUAAGAAGUCUCGUAAUUUCGUUUACCUAGAGAAAAACGUAGUUAAUUUAAGAAUUAGUUUAAGUUAUUUAGUUGAAUAAAUUUUUUGUUAUUUUCAUAAUUUACGUGUAAUAAAAUCUCACGGUACUCUUGAAUCUCAUUUUUCGAUGUAAUCGUGAUGGAUAAUGUCAUAUUAGUUAAUAGUAUUCAUUCUUAAUCUAAAAGCUGUUCUAUUUAGUAUUAUUUUCACCUCGACGGCACACAAAAUAAAUGUCAUUUCUGCCCAAAAAUUAAUAUUCAGAAAGUGUCUAGUUAUUUGAUGAUCUACGAGUAGUUACUUCGAAGAAUUGAACUUCGGCUCUAAAUUAAUGGUUAAUGAAGAUUUGCAGUCGCUUGAUUUUAUUUUAUUUUUUUUUUAUACAAACGGCUCUUCGAAAGCUCCUAGAUCUAACGAGUAUAGCAUUGAUUUUUGGUAAAAAGAUAUGUAGCAUUUGUAUCAUUCAUGUUCUUCGGUGCUGUUCAAUAUAGUCCUAGUGUAUUCCAAACCCGUUUUGUGUGGUGGUAAUGGAAUCGAAAUCUGAUCUGUGUUGUGGUAAUGAAUUCCAAAACUGUUCUUUGUAGUACUAAUGGAUUCCUAAGCUGUUUUAUGUAGUACUAAUGGAUUCCUAAGCUGUUCUAUGUAGUGCAAUGGAAGCCAACGCUUUCUAAGUUAUGCUAUUGGACUCUAGAGCUGUUGUACCUACUAGUAAUGGAUUCCGAAGCGUUCUAUGUAGUGCUUAUGGAUCCAAAAGCUGUUCUAUGUAAACUAAAUCUGAGUGGCUAUAAUGGCGUGUUGUGUAAUUUGAUGCUAAAUAUUUGCACUAAUGGUCUGUUAGUUACAUACAUCUAUUAUUCUAUUACUGAAAAUACUUACUCUGCUUUCAUUUUGAAUCGAUUUAAUAUAUUUUUUAUUAAUCCGUUAUAGUAACUCCAUGAUAAACGUGAAUUUGUUAUCCUGUUAUUUUUCCUAUUAUUUUUAUUAAUGAUAAAUUGGUGAAUUUCUUUCUUCUUUAUAAUGGUAUUUGUGUUGAAUCUCUUUCGAAUAGGCGUGAUUUUUUUCCCGAAUUGUUAAUGAAUUUCAAGGAAAUACCCAUGCACUUUCCUUUCAUCGUCACUGGAAAAAUUUUAUCUCGUUCUUUCUCUUUGCAAACUAUCAUCAUUGUUAAUUAUGUUAACAUUUCUCAAAAUCUCACGGGUACUUCAUUUUUCUGUGCCUACUAAAUUAUGCAUAGUGAGAAUGAAUUAGAUUAUUUUCAAACACUUCUACAUGAUUGCUAAGUUCAGAGGAAGAGCUUAGCUAAUUUUCUGUAAUUUCACCACAUAUUAGGAACCGUCGUCUCGAAGCUGCUCUGAGACGACGGAAAGUUGUCUGGUGGAAAUUUCCUUUGUUUGAAUUCGUUGUUUUUUUUUAAUGCGAGUGCUGAGAUAUUCUAUUGCCCUAUACAAGUUUCUGGAUACUUAUUGAGCUGUCUCCCUAGUUCUUUGACUAAGGCUGGUCGAUAUUCGAUCAAUAUUCCGAUGAUUGAAAAGAUCAGUGACGUACAGAAGAAAAAUCUCUCUACUUCAACGCGCUUCAACCGUUCUUGCAUGACAGAUUUCUUCGUGCUUUAAAUGAUGCGAACGAUGUACGUUAAAGUCCAGACUUGAUGUUGUGCAGGAUGUUGUAACAUUUGUUAUGUCUGCGUCGAGAUUGUGCUCUCCACACUAUAAUCAGCAGGUAAUUCAUGUUUUUCACUCAGUGGUUCUAUUUUUGUUUUCUUCGUUUUCAUGUUUGAUAACUUAAGCUAUUAUACCCGUGUUGUGCCUCUUCCGCUGGGAUGUUUUCCCUGCCACAUCUGUCAGUCAUUCAUCCACAACGAUCACCUUCUAUGAUGCUUAGCUCACAAGUUUAUGUUGACUAAAACGGACAUAAAUUUCGUGUUGUUGCUAACACGAAAAGUAUUCUAAAAAUUACACGAUGCUAACAAUUCCACAAUUAGAUUUUUUCUACUCGAAUUGCUGGCACCUGGUAAUAGAGGCUAAGCUAUCUAGUUUACUUUGAUCUCAUUACUGUAAUGUAGACAGUAGCUCUAGAUGCCUUGUUUCGAGCAUCGCUUUCCUGAAGAUAUUUGUUCCUACGCUGUUCGACGUCAUGUGCAUUUCGAUGAUAUUAAAAGGAUGUGCUCU